ACCCUGUGGGACUCAGCCAGAGAGUAGGAACCGCAGACCGAAGUAGUUCAGUUCUGAAAUUUCUUCGGUUCGGUGGAAAAUCUUGUGUCGCAAAGAUGUCGUGGAACAGCCCAGUUCAGGACAGUGUCCUGCCAUCCACCAAUCCUUAUGGCAACUAUACAGUGGUAGACACUGUGCCUCAAAAUAUGCUGCACAUGAUACACUCUCACUGGUAUCAGUUCCCUCCAAUGAACCCUCUCUGGUAUGGCCUUCUUGGUUUUUGGAUGGUUGUCAUGGGAACACUGGCUGUGGCUGGUAACUUCGUAGUCAUCUGGGUAUUCAUGAAUACCAAGAGUCUGCGAACACCUGCCAACCUGUUGGUCGUCAACCUGGCCAUCUCCGACUUCUUCAUGAUGCUUACCAUGACUCCUCCUCUCCUGGUCAACGCUUACUGGGGAACAUGGAUUCUCGGCGCAUUCUUCUGUGAGGUUACGCUUCCUGAUCCUUCUUCGGCUUUGUGGUCCAUGGUCUUCUUCAUCACUGCUGACCGAUACAACGUCAUCGUCAAGGGAGUGUCUGCUGAACCUCUCACAUCUGGUGGAGCCAUGUUGAGGAUUGCUGGCACUUGGGCUUUCACUCUUGCCUGGUGCCUUCCUCCCUUCUUCGGAUGGAACCGAUAUGUACCUGAGGGUAACAUGCUUGCCUGUGGUACUGACUACCUGACUGAGACUGAACUCUCCAGGAGCUAUCUGUACGUCUACUCUGUAUGGGUAUAUCUUUUCCCUCUUGCCUACAUCAUCUACAGCUACACCUUCAUCGUUAAGGCUGUUGCUGCUCACGAGAAGGGAAUGCGGGAACAAGCCAAGAAGAUGGGAGUCAAGUCUCUGAGAAGCGAGGAAGCCCAGAAGACUUCUGCUGAGUGCCGCCUUGCCAAGGUUGCUCUCAUGACCGUCACCCUGUGGUUCAUGGCCUGGACCCCCUACUUCAUCAUCAACUGGGGAGGCAUGUUCAACAAGCCCAUGGUUACUCCUCUGUUCUCCAUCUGGGGCUCCGUCUUCGCCAAGGCUAACGCCGUCUACAACCCCAUCGUGUACGCCAUCAGCCACCCCAAGUACCGAGCUGCCCUUGAGAAGAAGCUGCCUUGCCUCGCCUGCAGUACUGAAGGCCGAGAUGGAGGCUCUGAUGCUGCUUCCACUGCUACUGCUCAGAGCACCGAGAAGGCCGAGUCUGCCUAAACAAUUCAUACCAGGAUUUUUCUAAUAUGAAGGUUUAAAAAAAUAUCAGCGGAAAUAAACAAACUUUUCCCAUACCCUAUGUUAAUUGUUCAGAAUAAAAUCCCGUCAUCAAACAGUUGAGUUUAAAAGCCCCGCAAUAAGAGAAAAAGAAAAAAGUAGAUGUAUUUCAUUCAUUUAUAAAGUGCCUUCAGUA